GAGACCCGGCCCAUUCAUUUGUGUCCUUUAUAGUGGACAUUUUGUUCACCUGUAUUUUCUUUUACUAUUUUGAGUUACCCUAUCAAGCCCUGCAUUACUCUUUAGAGGACAUCCUGGGCUUUCCAGUGAUGUGUCAUGUGAUAGGUUUGCAUGCUGGGAACUCACUUUUUCUUUUCAAUCAAAAUGGCUGGCAUACCAACAACCACAUUUUAUGGAAAGAGGAAAGGAGAAAGAAGUGAAGCAGAGAGGAUUUUAUACCGAAUAGUAGAGGGAGAUUCAGAUUUGGGGCUGUCAGAUGAGGAUGAGGAUGAGUAUCAGCCUGGGACAGGAGAAGAUGGUGAAGAAGAAGUAGGUGAAGAAGGAGAGGAAGAAGAUGCAGGAGUAUCUGAUGAGGAGACAGACUCAGAACCAGAAAGGGAGCAGGAAAGUCGUCGUGCUUUGUGGGCCAGGACUACCUUAUUCACACCUGUGCUACCUGGGCUUCCUGUCUGUCAAGAUGACCCUAAAAUCCGAGAACACUGGAGUCCAAUCCAAUACUUUUCGCAGUACAUCGACGACAAAAUCUUUGAAGAUUUGGCAGCUUUUACAAAUCAAAGACAGCUGCAAACGACAGGAGUGUCACUAAAUACUACUGCUCAAGAAAUCAAGAUUUUCUUUGGCAUAUCAGUACACAUGGCCUGCCUUGGCUAUCCCAGAGUUAAAAUGUUUUGGGCUAAAAAAACUAAAGUGCCAGUUAUUAGCAGGAAAAUGACAAGGGAUAGAUUCUACAAGCUGAGAAGCUCACUCAAGAUUGUUGAUGAUCUGGAUGUAACAGAAGAGACAAAGGAGUCAGACAUUCUUUGGAGAGUCAGACCAUUGCUUGACCGUGUGAGGCAAGGUUGUCUCAGACUUCCAAGGUAUAAUAAGGUCUGCAUUGAUGAGCAAAUCGUCCCUUUCACAGGCCGCUGUCCAGUCAGGCAAUAUGUCCCAGGCAAGCCAAACCCUACUGGCCUAAAAGUCUUUGUCCUUGCCUCUCCAAAUGGUCUAGUACUGGAUUUUGAGGUGUAUCAAGGGAAGAAUACGUUCAGGGGCCAAAGGUUGGGAGUUGGAGCUGCAGCAGUCUUGCGAUUGGUUGAAUCUCUUCCCACAGGAACCUGUGUAUACUUUGAUCGAUACUUCACAACAAUCGAUCUCAUGGAUGCUUUGCUUGCAAAGGGUCUUCCAGCAACUGGAACAAUAAUGAGGAACCGAGUACCAAAGCCAUGCCAGCUACCAGGAGAUAAGCAGUUGCGAAAAGAAGGAGAGGAGCAUCAGUGACGAUGGUCCGGAGGAGGCCUGAGCUGGCAAUCACUAAAUGGUUUGACAAUAAACCAGUGUUGAUGGCUUCCACUGUGUAUGGGAAAGAUCCAGAAGAUAUCUGUAGCAGAUGGUCCAACAAAGAAAAGGCUCAUGUCCAGGUGCGACGACCAGCAGUGAUCAGAGAAUACAAUGACAACAUGGGUGGCGUAGACUUGUGUGACCGAAUGCUGAGCUUUUAUCGCAUGUCAACCAGGACCAAGAAAUGGACAUCACGUGUGAUCGCUCAUUUCUUUGAUGUUGCCAUUACAAACGCUUGGAUCCAAUACAAGUCUGACAGUAAAGCGAUUAAUCGAUCAUCUAAGAACACCCAACAGUAUCUGGACUUCAAAUUGCACCUGGCUGAAGAGCUGUUGGAUAGUCCUUCAUUUGAUGACAGCAGUGAAGACAGUGAAGAAGAGUAUCAGCCACCAACCAAAACAAGGAUCCCUCAACCAGAGCCCUCUGUACGCAGACUAGGGGCCAGGCACAUGCCAGAGAUGGUGGAUAUCAAGCAUGCAGAAAGAUGCAGGAAUAAGGGCUGCAAUGGCAAGACAUACAUGAGGUGUACCAAAUGCAAGAUGUUUCUCUGCAUCACCAAAAGGAAAACGUGCUUCCAGGAUUAUCACCGCUAAAAUAUCCAAAAGAAGAACUGUAGAACUGCUUAUGUUCAAUGUUCAACUAAAUACACAGGCAACUAUUGUCCUUGCAAGCAAUAAGCAACAGAAAACAACGAAGAGUGAUAAAGAAUUUAGUUUUUGAUCAAAUUAAAUUUAUUCUUUUGUUAAUAUUACUCUAAAGCGAUAAUCUGCUCAUUUUCUAAAUUCAGUUGUAUUUUUACACAAAAAUCAUCCUGUUGUCCACUACAGUGGACAUGCUGUGAAAUUAAAAAUAAAAAUAUUUUUAAAAAAAUUUUAAUUGUAAGGUGUUUUUUUAGACCCAAAUAGAUAGGAAAUCACACAAAAAAAGAAAUUGGAACACAC